AUGGGAAGAAAAAUGUGUGCUCGUGAUUGUGGUGGUAAGCGUGCCGCCGCAAGAAGAAGAAGAAAUAUGGUAGGUUCAGCCUAUUUUAAAGAACGAUUUCAAUUCGAAAUUUCAGCCAUGGCCUCGAGAUAAUAUUGGUUUUUUAUUGCAAUAUCAAGUCCGUUUAUAUUUUUUACGUCGACAACAAGAACAAAUCCAACAACAGCAAGCUGCUAGAGAAACAAAUUCUUCUGCUCAAAAUCAAGAAGAACAAAGCGAAAAUGACGAUCAAAAUAAAAAGGAGCAGAAGAAAUAG